AUUACACACCACAUAAAUAGAGGUUAGGGUACUGAACAAGUGGAAAACGUAAAUCGUAUAAAAUUCGAUCUCAGCUCGACAGAGGGCAGCAAAUUUGCCUUCUAUGUUCUAUCAAGAGCUAUAAAUAGACUGUUGCUGACAUGGAGGGAAAUGAUGUCAUGGCACUCAUUAAAAUCGAACCAAAACAAGAAGAAGAACUCCAUUCCAAUUUUCAAGAAAACAUUUUAGUAAGUAACGAAGCAUUGGUUACAAUAAAGGAAGAAGAAAUUACGAUUACCGCACAGUGCUUCAAAUCGCUCGAUCAUGAAGGGGUACAACAACAAACUGAUUGUGAAGAAAAUAUUAAAACUCAAAUUUCCAACGACUUCAAAUGUGACUUCGGACAACACACAACACAUAGUAAGCGGCAAAUUAAACAACGUCGUUUAAAGCAAAAUGUUUCAGAAGGGUUUAACUGUGCUCAUUGUAAUUAUAGCGCAAAGAAUAAACGAUCUCUUAAACAACACCUUUUAAAACAUAUUGAUUCUAAACUUUUUAAAUGCGCUCAUUGCGAUUAUGGAACACACAAUGAAGGAUAUCUUAAACGACACCUUUUAAUACAUACCGAUUCUAAAGAUUUUAAAUGUGUCAAUUGUGAUUACGAGACAAGUAACAAAUACCACUUUAAACAACACUUUUUAACACAUAAAGUUUCUAAAGAUUUUAAAUGCGCUAAUUGUGAUUACGAGACAAAGUACAGAUCCAGCCUUAAAAGACACCUUUUAAAUCAUGCAAACUCUAAAGUUUUAAAAUGUGCCCAUUGUAAUUAUGAAACAAUUUACAAAACCAAAUUUAACCGACACCGUUUAAAUCAUACUGGCUCUAGAGAUUUUAAAUGUGCUAAUUGUGAUUACAAGACAAAUAAAAAAUAUUGCUUUAAACAACACCUUUUAGUACAUAAAGUUGCUAAAGAUCUUAAAUGUGCUAAUUGCGAUUACGAGACCAAUAACAAAUACUGCUUUAAACAACACAUUUUAACACAUAAAGUUUCUAAAGAUCUUAAAUGUGCUAAUUGUGAUUACAAAACAAACAACAAGAAGAACAUUAAACGACACCUUUUAACCCAUAAAGUUUCUAAAGAUUUUAAAUGUGCUCAUUGUGAUUACGAGACAAGUUACAAACACUCCCUUAAGCAACACGUUUUAAAACAUACCAAUUCAACACGUUUUAAAUGUGCCCAUUGUAAUUACAAGACAAGUAACAAGUGCUACUUUAAACACGUUUUAAAUCAUUCCGAUUCUAAAGACUUUAAAUGUGCUCAUUGUGAUUAUGAGACAAGUCACAAAUACUACUUCAAGCAACACGUUUUAAAUCAUACCAAUCCAAACAAUUUUAAAUGUGCUCAUUGUGAUUACAAAACAAGUAACAAGUACUACUUUAAACUACAUGUUUUAAAUCAUACCAACUCUACAGUUUUUAAAUGUCCUAAUUGUAAUUACGAUACUAAUAACAAACGCUACUUUAAUCGACACUUUUUAAAACAUAUCGAUUCUAAAAAUUUUAAAUGUGCUAUUUGUGAUUAUAAGACAACUAGCAAUUUCCACUUUAAACGACACGUAUUAAAACAUACCGAUUCUAAACACAUUUUAAAUCAUGUCCAUUCUAAAGAUUUUAAAUGUGCUAAAUGUAAAUUCGAGACAAAUUACAAAAGGAACCUUCAUCGACACUUUUUAACACAUAGCUAAAGAUGUUAAUUGUGAUUACAAGACAAAAGAUAAAAACCGCUUUAAAGAACACAUAAGUUUUGAAAUAUUUUAAAUGUGUUCAUUGCGAUUAUAAGUCAAACCUUUUAAGGCACACAAACCGUUUUUACAAGGAACAAAUUUCUCAUGAACUUAAAUAUUGUUUCUUAAUCGUGUGGCUUCAUGAGGUGUUCUAACAUAUGUUAAUAAUAAUGUUUGUGGAUGUGGAAUAUUUAUUAAGUGUUGAUUAUCUCCGAGCAAUACAUAACAUAAAAGUACCUAAUGUUGAAUGUGAUGUAAUGAUGUGAAUGUUGAAUAAUUAUUUGCCAUUAUCUGAAAUCACAAUAAAUUAUUAAUAGGGUUAAGUGGUAGAACAGAUUGUAGUUUGCUACACAUCUGAACUUCGCCCUUUUGGAAUAACGUAAUAAAUUUAGUUUAAUAUUCCCUAGAAUUAUGCAUUGUUUCUUUUGUACGUUAUCCAAUAAAUGACUAUUAUUAUUAUUA